CAAGUUGAAUCGCCGAAAUGAUUAUCCCCGUCCGUUGUUUUUCCUGUGGCAAGGUUGUCGGUGACCUUUGGGAACGUUACCUGCAGCUUUUGGAUGACGGGGUUCCAGAUGGCGACGCUAUGGAUCAGCUUGGCUGUAGGCGGUACUGCUGCCGGCGAAUGAUCAUGACCCACGUUGAUCUGAUCGAGAAACUUCUCCGUUACAAUUCUGCCGAGAAAGAUCGCUCCAAGGCUCAAGUAUAAAGCCAAACAAAUUCUCACGCCAGUCAACCUGUCCAUCGACUCAAGCUGAGGCUUUUCG